AUGGAAGUAUUUAAUACGCAUGUUGGUGGUGUAGCUAGUGCUCACAAUGAUGCAAGAACACAAUGUGAGGCUUUUCAAAAUCAACGACAAAGUGUGUCACAUUUGCUACAAGCACAAGGACGUGGAAUGGAGGUUGCAUAUCGCACUCGAUUAAUGACAACUUUAGAUGUUACACGCUUUCUUUUGAAACAAGGUUUGUCUUUCCGUGAACAUGACGAGUCAUUGAAUUCCUCAAAUAAAGGUAACUUUCUUGAAUUGAUUGAGUGGUAUACUCAAAGAAAUGAUGAGGUUACCAAGACCAUGAAUGAAAAUGUCCCUGGAAAUAAUCAAAUGAAGUCUCUAACAGUUCAAAAGGAUUUAACACGGGCUUGUGCGGCUGAAGUCACAAAUGUCAUUCUUAAUGAUAUAAAAGAUAAUAUAUUUUCUCUUAUGGUUGAUGAGUGUCGAAAUAUUUCAGUGAAAGAAUAA